AUGGUCAAGAAACGCACCUUGUCUCCUCUGUCUAUUUUUGAUCAACUAGCGUUACCUACGUUUCUACAGGCACAUGACUAUAAAGAGCUUCAUGCAGUGACAAUAUGGCGCUAUAUGGCACAGAAUCCAGAUGCUUCAUUUGGUGAUGUUCCAGGUAUUCCAAAGACACUUGGGGCACUGUUGUGUCAACACUUUGUACCAUUUACAACGUCCAUAGCAAUGGAAAAACACUCAUUAGAUGGAACAGUAAAGCUUUUAAUCAAGUUACAAGAUCAGCAUGAGAUUGAAGCUGUAAUUAUGCGACAUACGGGCCGUAAUACACUCUGUGUGAGUUCUCAAGUGGGUUGUCAAAUGGCCUGUACAUUCUGUGCCACGGGCACGCUCGGUAUUAUUGCAGAUCUAGGCAGUGGUGAAAUAUUAGAGCAACUUGCACACGCAAAUCGUGUUGCACCUAUUCGUAAUGUCGUGUUCAUGGGCAUGGGUGAACCUCUGAACAAUUACGAUGCUGUGUUAGCAGCUAUUCGUGCGAUGACUACGGUUUUUGGACUUGCUCCAAAGCAUAUCACACUAUCAACGGUUGGUGUGAUUCAUCGUAUCCGUCAAUUAUCACAUGAUGCACCACUAGUGCGUCUAGCACUGUCGCUUCAUGCUCCGACGCAGGAAAUGCGUAGUGAGAUUGUACCCACGUCCAGUGCUUAUCCACUGAAGAAACUCAUGGCAGCUAUUGAUGACCACCUUGCAAUGAAGGAAGGACGUCUGGUGAUGGUGGAGUACUGCAUGUUGGCGGGAGUCAAUGACUCGAUCAAGACUGCGCACAUGCUUGGAAACUUACUGCAGAAUCGAUCGGUACAUGUCAACCUCAUUCCAUACAAUACUACUGAAGUUGGUGCACAAUAUGAAUCACCAUCUCCUGAGGACAUUCGUGCCUUCCACGCGAUUUUGCGCGAACAUUACAAUCUCAAGGCUACGAUACGUGAGAACCAUGGCACAGACAUUGACGGCGCCUGUGGACAAUUGGCGUUAAAGAACAAAUCCGAUAGUGCUGUGCAGCGUGACAUCGAGGAUUUUGGUCGUUUGGGAACCAGGAGCUUGCGAAAGAACACAAAUGCUUUACCGGCGUCGGGCACCAAGAAUGACAAUGUCUCCUCGUCUUUUGUUGCCUCGUGGCUUGUUCGUGCCAACGACUUCAUUGGCGAGCAUCAGCAGGCUAUUGGGGUCGCUUUAUUGGGAGCAUCGAUCGUUGUGAUUGCGACUGGGGUCGUCCGUCGUGGACGGGCUCAUGUAAUUUAA